GGCCCUUCCUUCUCGGCCGCGACCACGACCUAUCGCAUCAAUCCUGCUGAGAUUCUCAAACGACGGCGCUGUGAUCCGCUGGGCCCCCAAGGGAACGUCGCAGUGUGGGAUGUCGCGUGCUCCCUGGAAUCUCGGGCAUACUGUAAGGCACGUCGUACGCUUGUGUCCGGGCGACGACGGCUAUGGGCGGUACCAUUGCGAGCCCUAUCGCCUCCUGCGCGUAUAUAUACUUAACGGCAGCGAUACUCCAGACUGACGACGUCCUGUCGACCGUCCAGAACGCUGCCCCCGCGCACCCUUGGCUUAAAGACCUCCGGAUAGGCGGCCCUACCUUGGCACACUAGCGAUGGUCCUCAAGCUCGGAUUGGCGGCGUCUGCCCUUGCGGUGUUCGUCCUCGGCGCGCACGCACUCACGUCGAAUGGGCGCAUCCAUGCAAACUUCCCUCCCCGUCCGAGUGUGCCCAAGGUGUCCGCUCCGACCGUGGAGGAGGCGGGCCCGGUGACGAGCCGGAAUGGGACGGUCCUCCCUCCCUACAACACGACGUACUACUUUGACCAGUUGAUUGACCACAACAACCCGUCGCUGGGGACGUUCAAACAGCGCUACUGGCACACUUACGAGUUCUACGAGUCUGGCGGGCCGAUAGUCCUGUUCACGCCGGGAGAGUCGAACGCUGAUGGCUACUCGGGUUACCUUACGAACCGCACCAUCAACGGCCAGAUCGCCCAGCAGCAAAAUGGCUCCGCGAUCGUGCUCGAGCACCGUUUCUACGGUCUCUCGAACCCCUACCCGGACCUGUCCGUCGCGAGCCUCAAGGUGCACACCAUUCAACAGGCGAUUGACGACCUCGAGUAUUUCGCGAAGAACGUCAAGCUUCCCCAGCCUAACGGCGACAAAGUCGCCCCUGGGCAGGCGCCUUGGGUUCUUGUUGGCGGGUCUUACUCGGGUGCGCUCACGAGCUGGACUGUCGUCAACAAACCUAAUCUAUUCCAGGCUGCGUAUGCUUCGUCCGCUGUUGUAGAAAGUAUUACCGACUACUGGGGAUAUUUCCAGCCCAUUCUGGAGUAUAUGCCCUCGAAUUGCUCCGCUGACGUCCAAGCUGUCAUCGCGCACGUCGACUCCGUCUUCUCCUCAAAAAGCGAGGCGGCGAUCAACGAGCUGCUUUUGGUGUGGAACUUCACGACCCUGCGCCCCCACCUCGACGACGCAGCGGGCGCUUUGCGCAACAACCUUUGGGACUGGCAAUCGCUCUCCCCCAGCAGUGGUUACGGAACUUUCUUUGAGUUCUGUGAUGCACUUGAGGUCAAGAAUGGUGUAAGCGCUGGCCCGAAGGGAUGGGGCCUCCAGCACGCCCUCCAGGCUUGGGGCUCCUUCUGGAACAACACCUACUAUCCCGAAGUUUGCGGCGAUAGUGAUCAAGUGUCCUGCCUGGGCACCUAUGACCCAACUGCCGCCUACUGGACGGACACCUCGAUUGACAAUGCUAGUCGCUCCUGGACCUGGAUAGUUUGCAACGAGGUAGGCUUCUUCCAGGAGGGCGCUCCUAAGGGCCACCCGACCAUCGUGACGCGCCUUGUCCAGCCUGCCUACGACGAGAGACAGUGCACGUACUGGUUCCCGGAAGCAUUCCCCCAAAACGGACCCCUUCCUGUACCGCGCGUCGACGAGACGAACAAGGCGUAUGACGGGUGGUUCGUCCAGGCGGACCGCCUUUUCUUCGCGAACGGCCAUCGUGAUCCUUGGAGGGAAGCCACGAAAGCCGCUGACGGGACGCACUUCCCGAGCACGUCCCAGCAGCCGCUCGCCAUCUCGGACGGGUUCCACUGCUCGGACUUGAGCACGGCGAACGGCAAGGUGGACGAGACAGUGCUGAGUGUUCAGCAGCAGGCAUUGAAGGCUAUUGGCCCCUGGCUCGCGGCGUGGAAGCCCUCUGCGCACUGAUAUGCGUAACAGUAGCUUCAAGCUUAAGGUUCGCAAUGAAUUACAAUAUUGUGGAUUGCCGUAUGCGAUAGCUGGGCGCAAUGUAGCACUGGAGCGCAGUGUAGCGAAUGAGGGUGAUACAGAUCAUCU